UUUGUUGCUGCUGUUUAUGUCAUAUGAAGCUAUGAAGCGAGGCAUGCAACUAACUGCCACCUGGCUGUGCCUGCUGGCCACAGCCGCCACCUUUGCACGGGCGCAGCAGGAGUCGUCGGCCAAGUGGUCGCGGCAGCUGGAGAAUGCGCCCACCUCCGAUACGGAUUCCCUGGACUGGAUACCACUCGCCCAGCCGCUGGACGGAAGCGGUGGCAAGGAUCGCUCCGGCAAUGGACGUGUGCUGACCUACUCGCAGACAUUUCCACCCAGCGCUCGUUUCGGGGAACUAAACAAACCUGGCGUAGCGCCGGGAUCGCAGUUUGAUUUCUCGUAUCCGUUCCCAAGGUAUUCGAAUGGACAGGGUCAGGCGCUGCCGCUGCCGCUGCGACAGGGACCACCGCCAUCGCUGAAGACGAGCGCCGGCCAGGAGCCCACCUCGCAGUCGUUCUUCAAGUUUGAGAUGCCCUUCCACAGCAACGAGGCGGGACAGGGACAGGGACAGGCACAGGCGCCGCCCACACUGCAGACGGGCUACCAGAUCCAGCACACCUUCGGGGGCGGCGGCCUCCAGGCACCCUCCUCGCUGUUCAGUCCCCCCUCGCUGUUUGGCCAGCAGCAGGCACAGCCCUUUGGCUCCGACUUCCACUCCCUGCCGCCAAAGUCCCUGAACAAGCCGCUGCGUCAGCAGAACUACAUUCAGGACAUUCUGCCACCCAAGUCUCAUGCAAAGCCAACACAGCCCUCGCUGCAGAGCGUCACGCCUCAGGUAUUUCCCCUCGAUCCCGAGCCAGAGUCGAUCUUUGGACUGAACAAGGCAGCGCCCUCAUCCGCUCCCGCAACGAGUGGCGGCCAGCAGGAGGUGCAGCUGCUGUAUGUGCCGUAUGAUACCCUGUACAACCAGCAGCGACAGCAGCAGUCGGGCUCCUCCCGGCCAGGUUCUGGCAGCGCCAACUUUGAGGUGAACAAAUUCAAUCUGAAUGCAGGUCUGCCUGCCGUCAAUCCCUACCAGAUCAAUCAGUUCUACACGCAGGAUCCCAAUGCGGGCAGCGACUUUUUCAGCUCAGGCACCACCUCCCGACCCAGCACCACCACCAGCCAGCCGCACAGCAUCUUCCAGAGCUUUGGCCCAACCCAACAGCAGCCACAACCGCAGGCACAGACGCAGUUCAGCACGGCCAAGCCCAAGCCAAAGGCUCAUCAGCCACCGCUGGCCAUGUUCCUGCUGCGCUCCAGCUCCCGGCCCUCGCAGUCGGAUGUGGUGGCUGCGCUGCGCAGUGCCCACAGCAUCUCUGUGAUCGAUUCCCCCACAAAGCAGACGCCAGAGAUCUUUGUGGGACCCGCGGGCAUGCCCAUACCCGAUGGCUAUGUGAAGUUCGAUCUGCCGUAUCUGUCGCAGUUGGCGCAGACGCGCGACCUCAGCGACGUGUCCUUCUUUGUGGCGCCACUCAGCUAUCGUACACCGAAUGGAUUCAACAAGAUACUGCUGCCCGAGCCGCAUGUGGGCUCCAUUGUGGUCAAUCGCGCCAAGGACUCCGUUUCGGUGCAGACUCAGCCACCGCCACAGCGUCAGCCACAGCGUCAGCCACAGCGUCCCUAUGCAGCUGUCAGCAGCACGCGGAAUCCCUUCGAGACCACCACCCAGGCACAGGCACAGGCACAGUCCCAGUCGCAGGCGGGAGCACCUGUGAGGGGAAACAAGUUCAGUUACUACUACGUCCAGGAUGGCAUUCAGGAGGCUAGCUCCCCGAAGAUACCCGCCAAACAGGAGCGCCACAAGAAGAAGCGACCACAGAAUGUGCAGGUGCAGCACCAGCAGCAACAGCAGCCUCAGCAGCCCAUCUACCGUCCACCCAGCAAGACACAGAAUCCCUUCGAUACGCUCAAUCAGAUUGGUGGGGAUGAUUUCUUCAAGUCGCUGACCAACAAGCCCACCACCAGCAGCUCCACCUCCACCAGCACGACAUCGACCAGCACAUCCACGACGACCUCCACCACGGCAGCGCCCACACAGCCCCUGUUCACGUACAGCACACGGCCGCAGGUGGAGUUCCCCGGCGCCAGUGGCCAUCUGUAUCCGGAGUACCUGCAGCCCGUGCCGGAGCAGCAGCAGCCCCGAUUGACUACGCGUCCGCCGACAGCCACCACAGUGGAGGAGGAGCAUCGCAUGAAGCAGUACUUCCGGCAGCAGGAUGCCUUCCGCCAGCGUCCGCUCACCACGAUUCCGCCCGCCUUCGAGCAGGUUCAGUAUACGCCCAGUGCGCCCGACUACGAGGUGCCCACCACGCAGAGGGUGAAGCAUAAGCAUCGCGUGAAUGUCUACACGCCCGCAGCGGUGCCGGUGACCACCUCGGAUGUGGGCUACCAAGUGGAGCAGGAGCAGGCACAGGUGCUGGAGCAGCCGCAGGCACCGCUGAACCACAGACCCAGCUACAACCAAGUGCAGAACGAGAUUCUAGACAACAGCAACGUGGAUUACGAGCCGAAUCCGUACCAUGUGCCCUCAGAGCUGCCGGCACUGACGCCGGACAUUCCCGGAUUGGUCAACAAUCUGCAGGAGAAGGACAAGCUGCAGCCGGCGGGCACAACCAUUCCGCCACAGAGCGAACCCGAGCAGGAGACGCGUCCCACGCGCCGUCCACUGCUGCGCACCCGCAAGCCGGCCGUGUCCAAGGUGGUGACCACCUCGUCCGUGUCCUACUCCGAGUCCGAGUCGAGUGGCAAGGUGCCGCAUCGCAUACGUCGACCAUACGGCAAUCGAGGCACUGCCGCCGGCGCAGCCUCUACCACGGGCAGCGGCGACCAGGGAGAGGAGUCUGCAGCGACGAUACCCACACGUCGUCCGACCAGCGCACGGAAUCCGCUCAUACGCAAUCCCAAUCGCAUCCGGUACAGGCCCACCACCGAGGAGCGUCAGUCGCUGAAGGUGAAGACCAGAAAGGGCUCGAAGAACGGGCAGCGCGAGGAUCAGGAUCUGGACUACCAGCGGGACGUGCUCAAGCAGAACUAUCCGGUGUUCAAGGGCUCCUCAUCGGCGCCCUCGCGCCGACCCACCAGCCCCACGGCCAUUCCCAGCUCCUACGACUUCCAGGCCACCACCGAGGGUCCGGCAUCAGAGUCCCAGCAGGUGUACACGGUGACGCCCAGCAACAGCAUUGACGGAGCCAGUGAACCGGCUGCGGGAUUCCCCGGCAGCCUGCUGGAGCCCAUGCAGAUUGCCCAGCACUAUCAGGAGUUCUCCAAGGACAACUACGGGCCGGGGUACUUCCCCAACCAAGAGGAUCUCACGCCCACCGAAGCCAUUGUCCGCAACGAGGUGAGUCCCAUCUACACCACGUUGGCCACCACAACGCCAUCGACGACGACUACCAGCACGACGACAACCACUGAGGCAGCGCCCACAACCACCACGAGACGCUCGCCCUUCGUGCGCCGCAACUAUCCGAGGCUGAGGACAACCACCACAACAGAGCCGCCAGUGACCAGCACCACGCCCUCAGAGGAGCGUCCUUCCAUCCGCUCCCGCCUGCCGCCUCGUCGUGUGGUCAAGGUGCGUCAACGUCAGCGUCGUCCCGGCCAUCCUGCUUCGUCCACUGCGGCACCCGAAGAGGAGCUCCAGGAGCCAGCUACCCAGAAGCCAAAUCUGCGCAAGCUCAGUCGCUACAACAACCAGGAGCCCAGGGAGAAGGAGCAGCCAACCAUCACCCAGCGGCGUCGCUAUAAACAGCCAUUCCAGCUGGAGGGACAGGAGUCUCAGUGGUCUCCAGCCUCAGACAAUGCCAACAGCAACAGCAACACCAACACGAACAGCUUCAAGCCUUUGAAUCCCAAGUACAAGACGGAGUCGCACAACUUCGAGAAUGAGCCAGAGAUCGUGACGGUGGGACCCACGGGACAGCCGGAGACAUACGAGUUCAACGUAGCUGCAGAUCUUGGUGGAUCGGCGGUGCAACGCACCACCACCCUCAAGGCGCCCAAUCUGAAACCAGAGAAAUCCUUUGCCGAGCUGCUCGAGGAGGUGAUGGGCAAAGUGCCCGAGGAACUGGCCACAGAGUCACCCAACAGCAGCAGCUCCAUUGGCCGGCUGAACAGGCGCGGCAAGUGGAAGAAGAGCCGCGUGUCCAGUGGUGCGGAUACUGGCGAAAACUUUGAGACGGCCGAGUCGCAGAAUCUGGGACCACAGCUCUACAAUGCCCUGCAGGCGGCCAGCGAGAAGGAGGAGCAGCAGCAGCAGCAGGAGAAGACCACCACCACCACAGCAGCAGCAGCAGCAACCACCGAGGCGGAGACAACAGAGGCGAUAGUCAGGACCACGUCAGCGUCGCCCACAACGCCAGAGGAGUAUGAGGUGACCACCGCCAGAGUCGCCUUGGAGGAGGCAACCAUGGCAUCGACGCUGCCCAUGGAGCCGCCGGAGAGUGCCACGCGUCGCAUGGACACCGCGGCGGAUGUGGACGUGGAAGGAGAUGGAGAUGGAGAGGGCGACCUGGAGACGCAGCCCAGCAUCUUCUCGGAGGUCAAGAAGCAACUCCACGAUCUGUUCGCCAUUGAAGAGAGCGAGGACGAGGCGGUGAACGGUGCACUGGCUGCCGUGGGUAAGCGUCGGCAGGAGUACACAAGCAUCAAGCGCACCACACCAGCCACGUCCACGGACAAGACGACUCUGACGCCAGCGGACGAUGAACUGACAGCCACAGCCACAGCUACAGCCACCACCCCCACAGCCACGGAAGGUGCUUCGGAGGGCAGCAAAGACAACUUCCACAAGGACCUCAUGGAGCAUGUGGUGUACGCCACAUCCACAUCGACCAAAGUCACCUCCGAGACGGAGAUCUGCUAUCGGGGACGCUGCAUACGGUCCGAGGAUCUGCCCGCCAACCACAAACUGCACUGAGUUGAGCUCCGGCAGAGCACGGUGGCACAUGGUGGACUCUGCAUGUACAUAAGGGCAGACUGGAUACGGGCCAGGGGCAGGUACGAGUGAGGAUGGACAGGCAGCAGCCUUAAGGAGCGCCGCUAGUCAGCACAACUCCUCAUCUGCAGCCCAGCAGCACAAGCACAAGCCGUAUCCAGAUGUAAUUAAUUAGCUUUAACUACAAAUAUAUUCAUAAGGAUAAGCAGAACGAUGGAUCGAUGGAUGCCCCAUUCGCACAUAUUAGGAUUGGCCCGAAAGCUGUAGAAUUUCUUGGAUAAGAAGGAAUGAACUAUCAAAGAACUUCUUGAGGCUUCUCCUGCUAAUCCUUGCGAGUGUUCCGUCACAGAUAUCCCCCUGGAUAGACAAUUUAGUGCAUAGAUCUUAGAGUUAGUGUAAUGUCAGGAUAGCAUAUAGCCAGCAUAAGUCUUGUACCAUACAACAUUGUGUACUAACAAAUACAGAAUACCAAUAAAAUCAACAAAAAACAAACGACAAAAUACAA